GCACACUAAUUUAAAUAUCAUGUAGUAUAUGUUUAUUUAUUUACUUGCCUCUAGUCUGAUUGAGAUAGUUAAUGAAUUUAAUUAUUUGUUUUGUACUACAUGAUUUAUGAGUGGUUUGAGCAUGUCUAUUGGAUGAGUGAUUUGAGUAUAUUAGUUGUAAAAAUAUAUUAGACUCGGUAUUGCAUCAAACCAUCUUUUAUAUAUAGAAACUCUUUAAUCUAAUCUUCAUUCGCAUUAUUGUAUUAUAAAUUAGUUACCCGCAUUAUGAAAUGUCUUGGAUAAUCUGUUGUCAUGCCAAAAACUGUACAAUGCAAUUAUGAUGGUGAUAAAAUUGAUACAAAACUCAGAAGCAAUGGAACUGAGUUUUGUAUAAAGUAAAUUAUGAUACUUUUCCUUUGCUUCUAUACGUCACGAUGUGCUUCUUCUUUUUUCUUGUUUCGUUUCUUUUUAAGUAAAAAUCAUGGAACUGAAUUUUCAAUCCAUAAUCUAUCAUAAUAUUCGAAGUUAAUUUUAAAAAUUCAAAUUUUAAAAUGGUACUUUAUAUUAAAAGAAGUUUGAACAUAUGAACACACAGAAAACUAUAUUAUUACUAGGUCAUCACACAUCUGGUUGAAGAUUUGUUUGUUUUUAGUACGUUGUAGUAUUUUCUCUUUUUUUCCAUAAAAACCAUAGUUUGUAAGUGAAUUUCUUAAAGACAAUGCAAACGUGUACUGGUGGUUGGUUCGUUAUCCUUACAAUUAUAUGCCAAGUCAACUCAAUUAUAUGUCAAAGUCGAAAUCUCCACAAUAGUUAGUUACAGUCACAUGGAAUUCUAUAAUAACGUGUAUAUAUUAUUUUUUGUUCACAAAUGAAAAAAAAAAAGAAGAAGAAGAACAAAAUAUCCGGACUGCAAAAAAGAAUAGUAUGAAUUGGAGAGUACUAAUUAUAUAGUGAUAGAUGUCCUUUAUUCAUCCAGUACGGGUUACGGAAAAAAAAGAGUAAGCGUCAUAGUCCCCUUUAUGUUUGCAUAAAAGAAUUUAAUUUAAUUAGUGCAAUUAAAAGCAAGAUUAGUAAGCGUUCACUUAAUUCACGGAUUAAUUAACUAAUUAGUAAAUGACCACUAUACCCCUCAUCUUUCUCCACGUACAUGCCUGGUUUCACCUUCCUCUCAUUCCCUCUCUAUAUAUAUGGACUCUUCUCUUUCCUUCUUCCUCACACACUAAAAGCUCCUAAAAACAACAAUACAAUUCUCAAAUCCUUUUCUCUGAAACCAAACCAUGCCUGAAGCACCGAAAAAUGAAUCUUUAGAGGUUUUCGACCUGACGCUCGACGAGAAGAACAAGAGGAGGCUUCAGUUAAUCGAAGAGCUGACCUCCAACGCCGACCAAGUCCAGAGACGGGUCUUGGAGGAGAUCUUGACCCGUAAUGCUGACGUGGAGUAUCUCAGGCGACAUGACCUCGACGGUCGCACAGACCGAGAGACCUUCAAAAACGUGAUGCCGGUUAUAACGUACGAGGAUAUCCAGCCUGAGAUCAACAGGAUCGCUAAUGGUGAUAAAUCUCCUAUCCUCUCCUCAAAGCCCAUCUCUGAGUUCCUCACCAGCUCUGGGACAUCUGGUGGGGAGAGGAAGCUAAUGCCAACAAUCGAAGAGGAACUAGACAGAAGAUCAUUUCUCUAUAGCUUCUUGAUGCCCGUGAUGAGCCAGUUUGUUCCUGGUCUCGACAAAGGCAAAGGAAUGUAUUUCUUGUUCAUCAAGUCCGAGUCCAAGACACCAGGAGGCCUCCCCGCUCGCCCUGUCUUAACCAGUUACUACAAAUCUUCCCAUUUCAAAGAAAGACCAUUUGACCCUUACACCAACUACACAAGCCCCAACGAGACCAUCCUUUGCCCUGACUCUUACCAGAGCAUGUACUCUCAGAUGCUCUGUGGCUUAUGCCAACACCAUGAGGUUCUCCGAGUAGGCGCUGUCUUCGCAUCUGGAUUCAUCAGAGCUAUCAAGUUUCUUGAGAAGCGUUGGACCGAGCUGGUCCGGGACAUCAGAACCGGUACUCUAAGUUCCUCCAUAACCGAUCCUUCAGUGCGUGAAGCCGUCGCCAAGAUCCUUAAACAGAGCCCCAAACUCGCAGAGUUCGUGGAGUCCGAGUGCAAAAAGAAAUCUUGGCAAGGGAUCAUCACUAGGCUAUGGCCUAACACAAAGUAUGUGGAUGUGAUUGUAACCGGGACAAUGUCUCAGUACAUUCCAACUUUGGAUUACUACAGCAAUGGCUUGCCUCUUGUCUGCACAAUGUACGCUUCUUCUGAGUGUUACUUUGGUGUGAACUUGAGGCCACUCUGCAAACCUAGCGAGGUCUCUUACACGCUCAUACCAACCAUGGCUUAUUUCGAGUUUCUGCCUGUUCAUAGAAACACAGGUGUUACUAACUCCAUCAAUCUACCUAAAGCACUCACUGAGAAGGAGCAACAGGAGCUUGUUGAUCUAGUUGAUGUUAAGCUUGGCCAGGAGUACGAGCUUGUUGUCACAACUUAUGCCGGACUUUGUAGAUACAGAGUUGGUGAUUUGUUGAAAGUGACUGGCUUCAAGAACAAGGCACCUCAAUUCAGUUUCAUAUGCCGCAAGAAUGUGGUGUUGAGUAUAGAUUCCGACAAGACCGACGAGGUUGAGCUUCAAAACGCAGUCAAGAACGCAGUGACACACCUCGUCCCAUUCGAUGCAUCUGUCUCUGAGUACACAAGCUAUGCGGAUACAAGUUCUAUCCCUGGCCAUUAUGUCCUUUUCUGGGAGCUAUGUUUGGAUGGAAACACACCGAUCCCUCCUUCAGUCUUUGAAGAUUGCUGCUUAGCCUUAGAAGAGUCUCUCAACACUGUUUAUAGACAAGGAAGAGUUAGUGACAAGUCUAUAGGCCCGCUCGAGAUCAAGAUUGUUGAGCCAGGGACAUUCGAUAAGCUCAUGGAUUAUGCGAUCAGCUUGGGAGCAUCGAUUAAUCAGUAUAAGACGCCGAGAUGCGUGAAGUUUGCUCCAAUAAUUGAGCUAUUGAAUUCAAGAGUUGUUGAUAGUUACUUCAGCCCCAAGUGUCCUAAAUGGGUACCUGGUCACAAGCAGUGGGGAAGUAACUAGGAUGGAACCAUAAACUGUGAAGACUCUUUCGAAGUAGAAGUUUGGGACGUGCAACUGAUAGCUUCUGUCUCUAAUUUUUAGUUCGUUUUGUUUUGUAUCCUUCUAAUUAAUAUGCAAUUAUGCAUAGUCCCUCUGGAUUUGAAAACCAGUUGUACAAAGGCAAAUCAUGUGUUCUCCAAGCAACUCUCUGUUUCACUUU